AUGGGCUUCAAGGAGUAUCUCAAGGCUCGGUCGCUGAAAGCACCGAGGGACAGCGUUACCAAGGCUGCUGAACUGACCGUCCGGGAAUCUAUAUGGCCCAUUUCUCUUGUCACGGUUCUGUUUUUCCUCUGGGGCUUCAGUUACGGCCUCCUUGACACGCUGAACAAGCACUUUCAGAACACAUUGAACAUCACCCAAGCUCGCUCUGCAGGCCUCCAAGCCGCCUACUUUGGCGCAUACCCUCUGGCAUCAAUUGGCCAUGCCGCUUGGAUUCUUCGACACUACGGUUACCGUGCCGUCUUUAUCUGGGGAUUGGUUCUGUACGCCAUUGGAGCUUUGAUUUCAAUCCCUUGUAUCAAAGCCAAGUCUUUUGGUGGUUUCUGCGCUGCUAUUUUCAUCAUUGGAAAUGGGCUGGGAUCUCUAGAGACUGCAGCAAAUCCCUUCAUCACUGUCUGCGGCCCUCCAAAGUACUCCGAGAUCCGAAUCAAUCUAUCACAGGCAUUCAAUGGAAUCGGCACCGUCAUCGCGCCUGUCCUCGGCUCAUACGUCUUUUUUACCUUUGACGACGAAGCUGCUCUGGCCAACGUACAAUGGGUGUACCUUGCUAUUGCCGUCUUCGUUCUUAUUCUCGCUACCCUCUUCUUUUUCUCGAACAUUCCCGAAAUCACGGAUGCUGAUAUGGCCUUCCAAGCGCAAGAAACCCACACCGACGCGGACGACAAGCCUUUCAUCAAGCAGUAUAAGCUUUUCCAUGCUGCUUUUGCUCAGGCUUGCUACACAGGAGCACAAGUCGCGAUUGCUUCUUUCUUCAUCAAUUAUGCCGUGGCAACCAGACCCAACACUGAGGCCGAUGUCGGUUCUCAGCUGUUCGCAGGAGCACAAGCUGCGUUUGCCGUUGGCCGCUUUGUAGGCGUAUUUGUCAUGAGAUACGUGCGCCCUCGAUUGAUAUUCUUGGCAUUUUUGACGGGCUGCAUCAUCUUCCUCAUUCCCGCCAUCGCGAUACCUUCCUCCGGCCUCCAAGGAAACGCCGGCGUGGCCAUGCUGUACCUUGUUCUGUUCUUCGAGUCUAUCUGUUUCCCAACCAUUGUGGCGCUCGGUAUGCGUGGUCUUGGCCGGCACACGAAGAGAGGGAGUGGCUACAUUGUCGGAGGUGUUGUUGGCGGAGCCUUUGUGCCACCAUUGACUGGUUUGGCCGCCGACAGACACGGGAAUGGUGUUGGCAUGGUCGUGCCGCUUUUCUUCUUGGUAGCAGCCUGGAGCUACUCAUAUGCCGUCAAUUUCGUGGCCAACUACGUCAAGGUUGUGGAUGCUCUCGGCGACGCCGAUAUUGGCUUGCAGCACGCAGAAGUUGAUGAGAAAGGUUCAAAGACCAGGGCGUCGGUGGAGGAGAAAGCAGCCGUCGGACACGUACAGUAG